AGGCUCAAGCUCAGGUUUUUUUCAGGACCCAAGGUCCAUCUUCUUAUCACAUUUCCGGAGAGGGACGGCAGGGAGCCCUGGAGGACAAGCGGACUUUUUUGAGGAGGAACGCGGAUGCAGACUGUGGAAGAGACGUUGCUCUGUAGCUGCCGAUUUUCGCGCGCUUUGGCGCGGGUGGUUGUGGGUAGCGCGCCCAGGAGGGAGAAAGGAACCGGGGGCUGUGACUGCGCCGCCCGCAGGGCCUGAGGGGAUGUUCGAGGACGAGCCCCACGCCGAGGGGGCGGCGGUGGUCGCCGCGGCCGGGGAGGCGCUGCAGGCCCUGUGCCAGGAGCUGAACCUGGACGAGGGGAGCGCGGCCGAAGCCCUGGACGACUUCACCGCCAUCCGGGGCAACUACAGCCUAGAGGGAGAAGUUAUACACUGGUUGGCAUGUUCAUUGUAUGUUGCAUGCCGCAAAAGCAUUAUUCCUACAGUUGGAAAGGGUAUCAUGGAAGGAAAUUGUGUUUCACUUACCAGAAUACUACGUUCAGCUAAGUUAAGUUUAAUACAGUUUUUUAAUAAAAUGAAAAAGUGGAUGGACAUGUCAAACCUGCCGCAAGAAUUUCGUGAACGUAUAGAAAGGCUAGAAAGAAAUUUUGAGGUGUCUACUGUAAUUUUCAAAAAAUUUGAGCCAAUUUUUUUAGAUAUAUUUCAAAGUCCAUAUGAAGAGCCACCAAAGUUACCACGAAGCAGAAAGCAGAGGAGGAUUCCUUGCAGUGUUAAGGAUCUCUUUAAUUUCUGUUGGACGCUCUUUGUUUAUACUAAGGGUAAUUUUCGUAUGAUUGGAGAUGAUUUAGUAAACUCUUAUCAUUUACUCCUGUGCUGCUUGGAUCUGAUUUUUGCCAAUGCCAUUAUGUGCCCAAAUAGACGAGACUUGCUAAAUCCCUCAUUUAAAGGUUUACCAUCUGAUUUCCAUACUGCUGACUUUAGGGCUUCUGAAGAGCCUGCCUGCAUCAUUGCUGUACUGUGUGAACUGCAUGAUGGACUUAUAGUAGAAGCAAAAGGAAUAAAGGAGCACUACUUUAAGCCAUAUAUUUCAAAACUCUUUGACAGGAAGAUUUUGAAAGGAGAAUGCCUCCUAGACCUUUCCAGUUUUACUGAUAAUAGCAAAGCAGUGAACAAGGAGUAUGAAGAGUAUGUUUUAACUGUUGGUGAUUUUGAUGAGAGGAUCUUUUUGGGAGCAGAUGCAGAAGAGGAAAUUGGAACUCCUCGAAAGUUCACUGGUGAUGCCCCAUUAGGGAAACUGACAGCACAGGCUAAUGUGGAGUGUAACCUUCAGCACUUUGAAAAAAAAACAUUUGCACCUUCUACCCCACUGACGGGACGACGAUAUUUACGAGAAAAAGAAGCAGUCAUUACUCCUGUUGCUUCAGCCACCCAAAGUGUGAGCCGGUUACAGGGUAUUGUGGCUGGACUGAAAAAUGCACCAAGUGAACAACUUAUAAAUAUUUUUGAAUCUUGUAUGCGUAAUCCUAUGGAAAACAUUGUGAAAAUAGUGAAAAGAAUAGGAGAGACUUUCUGCCAACACUAUACUCAAUCAACAGAUGAACAGCCAGGAUCUCACAUAGACUUUGCUGUAAACAGACUAAAGCUUGCAGAAAUUUUGUAUUAUAAAAUAUUAGAAACUGUAAUGGUUCAGGAAACUCGACGACUUCAUGGAAUGGACAUGUCAGUCCUUUUAGAGCAGGAUAUAUUUCAUCGUUCUUUGAUGGCCUGUUGUUUGGAAAUCGUGCUCUUUGCCUAUAGCUCACCUCGUACUUUUCCCUGGAUUAUUGAAGUUCUCAAUUUGCAACCGUUUUAUUUUUAUAAGGUUAUUGAGGUGGUGAUUCGCUCAGAGGAGGGCCUCUCCAGGGACAUGGUGAAACACCUGAACAGCAUCGAAGAACAGAUUUUGGAGAGCUUAGCAUGGAAUCACAGUUCUGCGCUAUGGGAGGCUCUCCAGGCCUCUGCAAACAAAGUUCCUACCUGUGAAGAGGUUAUGUUCCCAAAUAACUUUGAAACAGGAAAUGGGGGAAAUGUACAGGGACAUCUUCCCAUGAUGCCAGUGUCUCCUCUGAUGCAUCCAAGGGUCAAAGAAGUUCGGACUGACAGUGGCAAUCUUCGAAGGGAUAUACAACCGUUGUCUCCAAUUUCUGUCCAUGAACGCUACAGUUCUCCUACUGCAGGGAGUGCUAAGAGAAGACUUUUUGGGGAAGACCCCCCAAAGGAAAUGCUUAUGGAGAAGGUCAUAACAGAAGGAACAAAAUUGAAAAUUGCUCCUUCUUCAAGCAUUACUGCUGAAAAUAUAUCAAUUUCACCUGGGCAAAGUCUUCUAACAAUGGCCACAGCCAUAGUAACAGGAACAACAGGACAUAAAGUUACAAUCCCAUUGCACGGUAUUGCAAAUGAUGCUGGAGAGAUCACACUUAUACCAAUUUCCAUGAAUACAACUCAGGAGUCCAAAGUUGAGAGUUCUGUAUCACUUACUGCUCAGUCAUUAAUUGGUGCUUCUCCAAAACAGACUCAUCUGUCUAAAGCACAAGAGGUACAUCCAACUGGAAUAAACAAACCAAAGAGAACUGGGUCCUUAGCACUGUUUUAUAGAAAGGUCUAUCAUUUGGCAAGUGUUCGCUUACGUGAUUUAUGCUUAAAACUGGAUGUUUCAAGUGAGUUACGAAGGAAGAUAUGGACAUGUUUUGAGUUCACUUUAGUUCACUGCCCUGAUCUAAUGAAAGGCAGACAUUUGGAUCAGCUCCUCCUUUGUGCCUUUUACAUCAUUGCAAAGGUAACAAAAGAAGAAAGAACUUUUCAAGAAAUAAUGAAAAGUUAUAGGAAUCAGCCCCAAGCUAAUAGUCACGUCUAUAGGAGUGUACUACUGAAAAGUAUUCCAACAGAAGUUGUGGCAUACAAUAAAAACAUGAAUGGUGAUUUUGAAAUGACAGAUUGUGACUUGGAAGAUGCUACGAAAACACCUGACUGUUCCAGCGGACCAGUGAAAGAGGAAAGAGGUGAUCUUAUCAAGUUUUACAAUACAAUAUAUGUAGAAAGAGUAAAGGCAUUUGCGUUUAAAUACGACUUGUCAAGUCAGGACCAUGUGAUGGAAGCUCCACCACUCUCUCCUUUUCCACAUAUUAAGCAACAGCCAGGCUCACCACGCCGCAUUUCCCAGCAGCACUCCAUUUAUGUUUCCCCACACAAGAAUGGGUCAGGCCUGACGCCAAGGAGUGCUCUGCUGUACAAGUUCAAUGGCAGCCCUUCUAAGAGUUUGAAAGAUAUCAACAACAUGAUAAGGCAAGGUGAGCAGAGAACCAAGAAGCGAGCAAUAGCCAUCGAUGGCGAUGCAGAAUCACCUGCCAAACGCCUUUGUCAAGAAAACGAUGAUGUUUUACUUAAACGACUACAGGAUGUUGUCAGUGAAAGAGCAAAUCAUUAGUGUCCUUCCUGUUUCUAUAAUAAAAGCACUUUCAGGUUGUUUUGCAGAGAGUUGGGGCUCUAGCCUUCAAAACUUUCAGCCCUGUAGAUGGUAAAUAUCACUGGGUUAUAAGAAAAAUUGCACCAAAAUUUUGUGCUUUUUUUUUUUUUUACAUUUAUCCAAAAUGUAGUUGACAGAGAUGUAUUUUGAGUUGGAUUGGAAAGGAAUGUUUUAAGUGCCUUUUAAACAUUAAUAUUCAUAGAAUUUUUUAAAUGUUUGUUCCUUGGGUUAGUUUUUAAGAUGAAGCAAGUAGAAACCUCUGAAUUUUUUAGCUCACUUUUUAAAAUAAUCAAAUGUCUCCUCCUUCUGUGCUUUGUAAUAUAAGGGUAGAUAAUCUGUUUUUGGUAAGCGUGCUUUGAUAUAUUUGUGUUCUCAGUUUAAUAUUGAGUAGGGGUUGGUUCCCAUAGCACCUGGGCCAGAGGAUGAUGCACCAGCAUGUCUCUGUCCCACUAUGGUAACACCACAUCCAGGUUCACUAGCAUUCUGGGUUGUGCAGAUCCCCUCUCGUGCCCUUCCUCUCCUUGAGCAUAGGCAGAUUUGUACCUGGGCCCAUACACUGCCCCCACUCCUUGCUUUCCAACCCUAAGCCCUCUUAGCCUGGUGUGACAACCCAAUAAAAGGGGUACUUGCUCCUUUUUUAAACUACUGUCAUUUUGUUUUCCAAACCAUUAAUUUAAUUAUAUGUGAUUAUAUUAUGGCAUAUAAUUCUCAAAAUAGAAAGCUGCUUCUCAAGCCAGUAGAAUAAAAUGCAGAUGGAGUUGUUAGAAACUAAGUUUCCUUUUAGUGAGGUAGCACCAUGAUGAUGUGUGAGAUACUGUUUUUGAGGUCAUCAUAAGAUCAUUCAUUGUCAGUGUCUAAUUGAUUCCCUAAGAAUAGUUGAAACCUUUUCCAAAACCACAUUAAUAUCACCUCAUGCCUCAUAAUACACAUCAGUAACGCAGCUGCUUGUUAUUGCCCCCUCUUUGUUCUCAGUAUUGUUGUGCGUUGUGAGUUUCCCAUUAGGGUUUGAUCACUGGGGCCCCUUAAGGAUGUUUUCCAGUACUAGGGGUGCAGCUUUCCAAAGAAUUGGCUGUUCAAUAUUCACUUUUUCUAGUGUGUUUCCAGAAUCUGGAAGGACAUGGAUAAGCCAUUCUUCAUUAACUUUGAGAAAAUGUUAUCAAAUGUAUAUUUUUUAAACUGCAAACCUUAUUUUUUAAAAUGCAAAAUAUUUAACUUAACCUGUGUCUAACCCUGGCUAAUUUGAAUUAGUCUAAUAUUUGGCUGUAAAUUAGUAAUUACUAUUGUCAGGGAUUUUAUUUUUAAAUUUUAAGAAGAAAAGUCAUUUUGGUCAUGUCUUACUUUUCUGAAAAUUACACCCUUAUUUUUUGUGUAGUAUCUACACAUAUUAUAAGCCAAAUAACAUCGUCUAUCCUGAAUCCUUGUAUAUAUUUUUAUGUAGCUAUAACUAUUGUGUCAUUUUCAUCUUCAUUAUUAAUGUGCAAAAUAUAAAUGAGCAUUUGUACAUUGACUAUAUAAGAAGCUCUGGACAUGUUUUUAUGAGUUUUCAGGACUUCUCAUCAAUGUACAUAAAAUGGUUAAUAAAACAUUGUUUUUUUGAGAUUAUUGAAAAAACUACUCGUGCUGUUUUCUGUGACUAGAAGCAAUUGUACAGCCAUCUGGAAUCUAUAUCUCUUUAAAUAUCUGCUUUAUAUCUUUUAAAUAUCUUAGUGUUACCUAAAAGUUAAUGUUCCUGGUGGUUUCCAGGGACUAGGAAGAGAAUGGGGAGUGACUGACUGCUUAAUGAAAUAAAUAUUUUGGAACUUGACAUGGGUGGUGGUUGCAUAACAGUGAA